UUCCUAGUAAAAAUCUUGUUUCAGACUACAGACUCCUAGUACAAAAUGGACUCAAAACUGCUUUUCUCUGCCUGUCUACUCGUCAUUUUUGCAAUGAUUCCCUCAAGUUCUAGCAUUCAAUGCCACCAGUGCUCCAGCUAUACAGAUGUACACUGUGACGAUCCUUUUUACUAUGAGGAUAAUAAAGGAGUUGCUAAAACAACUGAAUACCUCAAGGACUGCCCUAACGACGGCAAGGAUUAUUUCUGCAGGAAAAUCUUCCAGAACGUGAGAGGAGAUUCCCGUGUGAUCCGUAGCUGUGGAUGGGAGAAGCAUGAGAAGGGAGACUGCUACUCUACAGUUCUAGAGGAAUAUAAUACUUAUGUUUGUAGCUGCGACACUGACGGAUGUAACUCCGGAACAAUGUUCAGCGUAAGCAGCCUGGCUGUAUUCUCCACCUUGUUAGUUGCAUACAUGAUGCAGUAAACAAACCCCUCCAAGAGCCAGCACAGCACAAACACCAUACUCAAAACCUAAACAAUGCUCAAAAUUCAUGGAUGGGGAAAAUGUAGUUGCUAUAGUUGGAUUGUAUUUAUAGUCCAUAAAGUCAAUUGACGGAUUGCAUUGGUGGUGUAAAGUAGAUCUACAAAAAAG